UUUUUCGACUGCAAGGAAACAAGGUGAUUUGGUCUUGGACUAUUUGCGGGAAACAUGGAUUUCUUUGCAAAAAGGAAAGGAGGUGACGCCUCGAGAGCUGCCCAAGCUGGACCAAGUGGAAAAUCAGUAGCGUUGAAAGUCAUACCAUGGGUGGAAAAAUAUCGUCCUAAAACAGUUGGUGAUGUUGCUUACCAGGAUGAAGUUGUUGCAGUUCUUGAAAAAACAAUUUCUUCAAACGAGUUUCCACAUUUCUUGUUCUAUGGACCUCCAGGAACUGGAAAGACAUCUACAAUUCUUGCUGUAUCGAAACAGCUAUUUGGCCAGGACCUUUACAGAAGUCGUGUUCUUGAACUGAAUGCUUCAGAUGAAAGAGGCAUCCAGGUUAUAAGGGAAAAAGUGAAGACAUUUUCAAUGCAAGCUGUUUCAGCAACAAAAACUGAUGGGACUCCAUGCCCACCUUUCAAGAUUGUAAUUCUUGAUGAAGCAGAUUCAAUGACAUCAGCUGCUCAGGCAUCUCUAAGAAGAACAAUGGAAAGACAAUCCAAAACAACAAGAUUUUGUCUCAUUUGCAAUUAUGUUAGCAGGAUCAUAGAACCACUCACAUCGCGAUGCUCAAAGUUCCGCUUCAAGCCUUUAUCAACAGACAUAAUAAAAACCAGACUACAAAGAAUUUGUGACAAUGAGGGUGUAAAAAUAAGCAGUGAGGGCCUUGAAGACCUUAUAAAUCUUUCUGAGGGUGACAUGCGAAAGGCUAUAACGUUUCUUCAAAGUGCAUCAAGGCUGAAAAGCGAAGUGGAAAUUACUCCAGAUGAUAUUAUGGAAAUAGCUGGUGCUAUUCCGAGUAGAUUUAUAUCUUCAUUAGUAAAGACGUGCUAUUCAGGUUCAUAUGAGAAAGUUGAAGGCGCUGUCAAGGAUGUGAUUUUUAACGGUUUCUCUGGAGCGCAAUUUCUCAAUCAGAUUCAUGAUCAUAUCAUUAACAUGGAAAGUAUAAAUGACAAUCAAAAAUCAGUCAUCAUGGAAAAAAUUGCGGAAUGUGACAAAUGUUUAUGUGAUGGCGCAGAUGAAUAUCUACAGAUCAUGGCACUUAUGACAGUCGCUAUGGAACAAGUAUGCAGUAGCCGUUGAUGAAUCUUGGCUCAAGCAACACGAGUAUCUUAUCUUCCCUCUGGCAAUAUUCAAAGAACUGAUAACGCUCUGCCACGAACAGUUGUGAAGAUAUAACAACAAAGCCAUUGAAGCAAGCAGACUUUAGAUGUAUUUCAGAAUAUCUGCAAGGAUUUUUGACGGCAAUUAUGUAGUUAUUCAAAUACAUACGUAUAUUUUUGUGUAAA